GCGUGGAGCCACUGAGGAGCACACACACACACACACACACACACACACACACACGCGUGAAGACACACAACAGAGUGAGUUCGGACCUGAGCAUGACUUUUACCUCAAGCUUCGUGGACUGAUCGGGACCGGCCGGCCCAGCGAGACCCACCUCGGAGCGAUGGAGGGGCGGCUCCUCCCGGCCUGGUGCGCGCUCUUCACCCUGGUGGUGCAGCAGUCCGUAUGCUGGGGGGCCAAGCAGCUGCAGUGCCAGGAGAUCUCCGUGCCGCUGUGCAAGGGCAUCGGCUACAACCAAACCUACAUGCCCAACCAGUUCAACCACGACACGCAGGACGAGGCCGGCCUGGAGGUGCACCAGUUCUGGCCGCUGGUGGAGAUCAAGUGCUCGCCGGACCUGCGCUUCUUCCUGUGCAGCAUGUACACGCCCAUCUGCCUGGAGGACUACAAGAAGCCGCUGCCGCCGUGCCGGAGCGUGUGCGAGCGCGCUAAAGCCGGCUGCGCGCCGCUCAUGAGGCAAUACGGCUUCCCGUGGCCGGACCGCAUGAGGUGCGAGCUGCUGCCGGAGCAGGGCCAGCAGGACCUGCUGUGCAUGGACUACAACCAGAGCCAGAGCGCCGCCGCCGCCGCCACCACGGCCGUGUCGCCGGUGCUGGCCAAGCCCACCAACCGGCCUCUGAAGCCGUACAGCCCGCGGAAGAAGAGCGGCUUCGCCAAGCCCGCCGAGCCCCCUUGCGAGCCAGGCUGCCGCUGCCGCGCUCCGCUGGUCCCCCUGCCGGGCGCCGCCGCCGCGCACCCGCUGCUCGGCCGGGUGAGCACGGCUCAGAUCCCCGACUGCGCCAUGUCGUGCCACAGCCCGUUCUUCAGCCCGGAGGAGCGCACCUUCACGGCCUUCUGGAUCGGCCUGUGGUCGGUGCUGUGCUUCGUGUCCACGCUGACCACCGUGGCCACCUUCCUCAUCGACAUGGAGCGCUUCAAGUACCCGGAGAGACCCAUCAUCUUCCUGUCCGCCUGCUACCUCUUCGUGUCCGGCGGUUACAUCGUGCGCCUGGUGGCCGGGCACGAGCAGGUGGCGUGUACGCGCGCGCACGGCGUGGAGCACGUGCACUACGAGACCAGCGGGCCCGCGCUGUGCACGCUGGUCUUCCUGCUGGUUUACUUCUUCGGCAUGGCCGGCUCCAUCUGGUGGGUCAUCCUGUCCCUGACCUGGUUCCUGGCGGCCGCUAUGAAGUGGGGCAACGAGGCCAUCGCCGGGUACUCGCAGUACUUCCACCUGGCCGCCUGGCUCGUCCCCAGCUUGAAGUCCAUAGCCGUCCUGGCCCUCAGCUCCGUGGACGGGGACCCGGUGGCGGGGAUCUGUUACGUGGGCAACCAGAACCUGGACAACCUGCGGGGCUUCGUGCUGGCGCCGCUGGUCAUCUACCUGUUCAUCGGCACCAUGUUCCUGCUGGCCGGCUUCGUGUCUCUUUUCCGGAUCCGCAGCGUCAUCAAGCAGGGCGGAACUAAGACGGACAAGCUGGAGCGGCUCAUGAUCCGGAUCGGCGUGUUCACGGUGCUCUACACGGUCCCGGCCACCGUCAUCGUGGCCUGCUACUUCUACGAGCAGCACAACCGCCAGGCCUGGGAGCUGGCCCACAGCUGCGGGUGCCCGUCCGAACCGGGCCGCCCCCGGCCGGACUACGCCGUCUUCAUGCUCAAGUACUUCAUGUGCCUCCUGGCGGGCAUCACGUCCGGGGUCUGGGUCUGGUCCGGCAAGACUUUGGACUCGUGGAGGACUUUGUGCACGCGCUGCUGCUGGGGCAGCAAAGCCUCGGGGGGGUCCAUGUACAGUGACGUCAGCACCGGCCUCACCUGGAGGUCGGGCACGGGCAGCUCGGCGUCCUGCCCCAAACAGAUGCCUCUGUCGCGGGUGUGAGGAGACGGACGCGCCGCUUGGUGGAACUGGGUCGCUCCUGGCAACUUUCACACAGACGGGUUUCAGAGGGUAUUUAUAUUAUUAUUGCUGCACACAGAUGAUGUAAAUAUGUAUAAUUGUCACUUUGAUAGAAGAGUUUAUUUUGAGAAUAAAACAUUUUUAUGGAAUUGUUA